AUGCUCAGAGAAAAGGGUAACGAGCCGGAAGGACCAAACGAUUUUGCAUUGGCUCGAGCUGAUAUCGCCUACCAAAUUGAGCAGGCAUUGCGGGUUCCCCGAGAAAAACUUCAUGCUCCUCCGAGCUCCUCGACCUCUAGUCAAGCCUGCAUGACCACAGACUUGUCCAGUACAAUAAACUAUGGAAAACCAGAACGACCAUUGAGCCUCAGAGACCGGACUGAGAACGAGCAAUGA